AUGACAACCUCGGCAUUGAAUGAGAAGAGUGGGCCUAGUGGUGGUAGUUCUACCAAUUUUAUCAAAUCAUCUUUAAUCCAUGGAAUAAGAUCAAUAUUAAUUAAACCAUCUUUAUUUAUAAUAAUACCAGCAUUAAUUAUAUUUCUAUUAUCUUAUGAUACAUUAUACGACUUUAAUAUAAAAAAACUCAAUUGUCAAUUAGCAACCCAUUUUUCAUCUGGUUCAUCAGCAUCAUCAAUUACCAAUUACAAUACCAAUACCAAAUUGAAUUCAAUUUUAAAUGAAUUAAAUUCAAUAGAUAUUAAAAGAGAUGAAUUUAUCAUCACACGAGUUAGUUUAACCAAUAACUUGAUUGGAAAUACAUUUACUUUCCAAACGUUUCAACAAGUUCAACAAGUUAAAUCAUUAAUCAAACUGGAUUGUCCCAAUUGUAUUAUUAUAUCUCCAGCUGAUUUAAUUUCACUUGAAUCUACCAAUACUGAAUCUUUAUCAUUCAAAAGACUUCUACGUCAAAUCUUUAAUUACAAUCUCAACAUAUUGUUAACAUUUUUAUUUAUUGAUGAAUUCACUAGAUUCAAUCAAAUUAUCCAGAAUGCAAAUGUCCUCAAGUUAUAUAUCAUUCAUAAUAACCAAACUCAGAUAAGUCACAUAUUAAACGAAUCCCUAUCUGAAACAAACUUAUCCAUUACAAACCUAACUACUACCCCGAACAUGUAUUAUAUUAAAGGAUUUAUCAAAUACUUUAUAACUCAAACUAACCUACUGUUUAAAUCCUUCUAUUUUAUAAGUGACAUCAUAGUAUUAUUACAAUUAUCUUCCUUUAUGAUAUUCAUGUAUUUGGUUAUUGCAAAUGGUCAUAAGAUUAGAUCUAAUGUCGGGUUACUAUAUGGUUGGAUAGUCGAAACUGUCAUGUGUUGUAUUGCCUCAGUCAAUUUAAUUAAUAGAUUCCAUGGGAAACCAAUGUGGGAAAUAUCUGAACCGCUGAACACGUUUAUCAAACUAAGUUAUAUAUUCAUUGUAUUAUUAUUAAGUUCCCGUUCAUUAUAUUUGUCAAUUGAUUCAUUAUCUGAUUCAAAAUAUAACAGAGAUAUUCAUAGAAGAUUAUAUCAUUAUUACGCAGGCUUGAAAGGUAUACCUGUUAUAACAAAAAUAUUAUUUACCAAUAUAGUUUCAGUUAUUAGCAUGUCAACCAUUAUAAAUAUAAUCCUAGUUUGUUCUUUCCGUGGAGAUUAUUUACAUUCUAUUUCCCAGCAUUUAUUUUAUUUAGUUGAAGCCAUAGUGGUAGCUCUCAUUUUGGAAUCCAUUAUGGAAUUAACGUUUAUCACGGGUAUAAUUAUUGUCGAUUUAAAGAAACUAGAUUUGAUAGAUGUCAUAAAAACAAAUCAAGAAGUAUCAUCUUCUAAUGACACCCCAAUAGAAAUUGAAAACUUAUCCGAGGGAGCAAAUACACUUUCAUCGAUUUUAUUGAAAUUGGAUUCACCAUCACAUUCAAGACCAAAUAAAGAUUCAACUCGUUAUAAAUUGGGGCAAUCAUUAUUAAGCGUCAGAUUUAGAGAUAAUAUUUUGCAAAUUUAUUCGAUUGCUACUUUGUUACAAUUGUUGAUUAUAUUUGUUCAUUGGUCAUUACUUAUUCCUAAAGGUUCAGUAAACAAUCCAUUGAUAGAUGUUGCUGGAUUAACAAUUAUUUCCGAAGCAAACAGUAUUAUAUAUUAUAUUGAAUUCCUAUUAAUUAUUGGAUUCAUUUGUGCCAUAGCAGCAAUCAUAUUUAAAUUGAAUCCACCCAAGAUGACUAUUCCAGCUGCUUCUACUGAAGAAUUAGAUUUUGGACAGGAAGAGAUUCAAGCUUUCAAUUCGAUUGAAUUAGGUGAUGCCAAUAAUGGACAUCAAUUAGAUAUUAUUAAGAUUCAAUCAAAUACAAAAUGUUCAUUUGUUGUAUCGAUUGGAUUGGAUCAUAAAGUUUUCAUUUGGUCACCAUUGAGUGAAUUAAGGAAACCAAUUGAUAUUUCCAGUAUGGUUGAUGAUAAUAAUGAAUUUUGGCCAAUUAAUCAUGUUGGAAUUAGUGAUGAUGGGAGUUAUAUCAUUUUAAUUAGUUUCAAAUAUGGGUUAAUUAAAUGUUUCAAUCGUAAUGAUAUGAAAUUCAGUUGGAUCCAUAUUAAUAGUUAUUUUUUUGCAUCUAAUAAAUGUAAUGUAUUGGAAGCAUUUUUCAGAAAGAGGACAAUUCCUGGUCAUUUGAUGAGACAAAUAUUAAUUAAUAGCAAAAAAUCAACAAGUUCUCCACUAAGUAGAAAAGGUAGUGAUGUAUCGAUUAAUUCACAGAUUAAUGGUAGCUUACCACCACCACCUCCGAUCGUUAUGAAAUCACACGGAGAGACACAAAGGCAACAACAAUCCAAUGCCAGUGCAUUGUCCCAACAAAGUUUGGCUAUUGAUGAAUAUGUUCUAGUCCUUGAAUCGGGAGAGUUGAUUGUUUAUUCAUGUAAUGAUGGUAAGACCAAAUCAUGGAAUAUCAUUUCUUCCAUCUAUGGGAAUGAUAAUUUGGGAGAAAUUAGAAUUGUAUCAAGUACAAAGUUGAAGACACCCAGAGUUAAUGAUAGAAUAGUUUGUUUGACCAGUACCAAUGAAAUAAUUAUAGCUACUGUGGUGAAUAAUAAUUGGAAAUUUAGAAGAUUACCUAUCAAAGAAGGACAAUAUAAUCAAGAGAACAAGCUUAAGCUUGCUUCGGCCAAGAUCCCAAAUUUACCAAGUCAUGAUUUUUCAGCUAUUCACAAGGAGAAAGAGGAUCAACGACCAGAAGAGUUACCAAAAAUAAAAGGUUUACAAUUAAAUCCCAGCUGUAUUUAUGCGCUUGAAUUCGUGGGUAUGAUAAUGAAGGUGGAAGAUCUAACCGCCAGUUUGAUUGAUAUCCAAACUGGAAUUGUGUUGAAAACAUUUAAUAUUGGUAAUUUCAAACCAAAUACAUUUCAAGUUUCUCAUCUGGAACCUACCCAUUGUAAGUUUUGUGGUUGCGCAUCAGUUCAAUCAUUUUCAAUUAUUUAUGAGGAUUGUGAUUCCAAUACAAUUUUCAUUCAAACAUUCAAAAUUGAUGCACAAAGAUCUAAGAAUAACAUUUGUUUAAGAGUUGAAAGAGAUCCAAGAGAAAUCAGAUGCCUUGGUUUUAGUGCUGUUAGUGAACAUCAGUAUUGGUUUAAAGGAAUUACAGAAUGGCAAAUUACUGACGUUAACAUGAUUAUCGGGGUUAAAAAACUGGCUGAAAUUGAUGAUGAUGAAGACGAAGAACAGACUGGGGUGGCUCCUGAAAUUGACAAUGGUGUUGGAGAAAGUAGUUUUGACCAUUUGGUGGAGAACAGUGGGUUGAUGUCAUUGCGUAGCCGUCGUCAUCGUCGUAAUGAAAAUAAGAACACUAAGCAAUCUGGGAAAUCCAAUGGAUUAUAUGAAGGGUUUAUAAUAGACAUAAUGAGUGGGAAAUGUUCGACAUAUGCAUUACCUAGAACAAUAACGGAUGGAACAGUUAGUACCAUAAGUAAAUAUGGAUUUAAAUCAAUUAUUUGCAACUUUGGGAAAUUGAUGGAAAUAUUUUAUUUAGGAAAUGACAAACUCAUUGAGAAUGAUAUUUAUUAUAAUGCUGAUAUUUGGUCAACUUUAGAAGAAGAUAAAGAUCAAAUGAGGAAAACGAUGUCCUCACCAUCUUCAAGACCACCACAACCGGUUAAUAGUGAGUUAUUAUUUAUUAAUAAGAGAAGGAAACAAAGACAAAAGCAACAGCUGAUUAAAAUCUCGGAAUAA